AUGUAUGAAACUAUCUAUACAUUUUUUGCAGUAGAAAUUCAAAAUGUUGUUGAUCGGGUUUCAAAUUGUAUUGUCAAUUUAUUAGUUGUUUUGUACUUUAUCAAUGCUUUAUCACCAACAAUUAGUUUAUAUAAUUUAGCACAGAAAUUUCAUUCACAAUCGUAUUGUUUAAAUUUAGCCUUAUGGCUAAUUUAUCGUGGUCAUGCAUUGAUUGUUUAUCCGAUUGUUGCUAACAAUAUCUAUGUUCUUGCACCUCAUUCUAAAGCAUGGUUUACACCACAAUUAAUUGGUCAAUUUGCUACCUCGUUUCCUGAUGUGAAUUUCGCUGAGCUUUUAACAUCGUUUUCAACAAGUUUCAUACUAAAAGAUCAUUUUGAUUCAUCGAAUUCUAUCGCUGGUAACCUUCAUUAUGAUGAUUCCGAUGUUGUUCACAAUCACUCUUCAAAGACCUCAUGGACAAAUUUACCUUUAACGGAGAAAAUAAAUUUGAUUGCUUGGCUACUUCGACGUCGGCUCAUAAUACAAAUUCAUCUCUAUAUAUUCCCAACAUUUUUACCUAAUAAAAAUGUAAAGGAAAUGAAUAUGUUCAAUGAUAUUAAGAAUAUUUCAAAUAAUUUGGAGAGUGUACACGUGUCCAAUAACAGUGUGUUACACAGUAGCAGUAACAGUAGUGAAUAUGACAGUGAUGAACUCACUUCAGAAAUUAAAAGCCAUAAUGAUUCAGAAGUUGAUUCUACCACUUUUGAUCUUGAAGAGUUAUGCAAUAAAAUACCAAAAGAUGUCUUAUGUGAAUUAACUAAUAAUUUACCCGUUGAAUCUCAACAAACAUUACUUUUAUCUAUUUUAAGUCAUCCUGGAGUAUUACAAAAUAUCUCACUUCUUCGAUUGUUCGCACGAAUUUUACCUCAUCUUCCAGCUCAUUUAGAAGAACUUAUGUUUAGAGAACAAGUGAAUCGAUCUACGUUAGUUGAAUGUGUUGAAAGGUUUGCUCCAUUCCUGGCCACAGCCAAACUUCCAGAUCCUGUCACAUCUUGCUUUGCUGGAGUACCAUGGCCGAACUAA